GGAAGAAGAGACCACUUACUGUCUCUGCUUUCUUGAUAAAAAAAAACAAUGUUAACAUUUUCGUCGUCUCUGCACUCAGAGGUGGUCAGUCUUUCGAGUAGCGUUGAAAACGUUCUGAAUAAGAUCUACAGUAAACACAAUCAUCCUCCGAUAAAGGCAGAGACAAAACUGAGACUGUCUUCCUUCCCCCAGGAAUUGGCUUUGGAAACGCUCAGUAAAGUUUUCAAUGUUAGCUAUGUUAAAGGGACCCUUGACGGGUUCAUCAUCUAUCUUCUUGACCAAGCUCCACGUCCGUGCUCCUCAGGCGGGUCUCCCGUACUGUCUCCCAGAACUCCUGGGAAAAAGAGUUGCAGGCUAAUUUUUCAAGAGAUGUCUCUUGUUGAUUCUCAAGUUCCUUCUCCCAAGUCUUUGAAACUACUACAAGAAAGCAAUGGAGGUUCUCAGCUCUUUGCUUUGGGUGAACUUGAGUUUAAGAAGGCCUUUCUCUUGCUUAGCUACAUUCCAGGACAAUCUUUGGGCCAAGUUACUAGUGCUGAGAAGAUCAGACAAUGGAAGAAUUUGCCUAUGGUUGAAUACGAAACUGCAGUUUGGAACAGCUUGGGCUGCCGUUAUUGUUCCCCAAAAGACCGAAGACUGCCGCUUGAAUGGGAUAACGGAAAUACUCAUUACUAUCAGUGUAUUGUUGCUCCCGACGGCAGCUACAGAUUCAAGGGCCCUCUCGUAGAGUACACUGGAACUCACCUGCACAAGGUUUUGGGUGAUGAAAAUGUUUUAACCGUCAAAUUCGAGGACGUCCCAGGCGAGCAAACUUAUUGUAAUGACAUCUACUCUACAUAUAAAGAAAUUGCUAAAACUGGUAUCAUGGUUGGUUUACGCCGUUAUCAGUUUUUUGUUUUCAAAGAUGGAGGAAAGGAAGAGAAGAAGAAAGAUUUUUCUACGAAGGGAGUGAAGUGUUACUUUAUACGCACAGACUCUACUGCGUCCUAUGAUAUGAGAAACCCCUAUAUCUUCUCUGGAAAGUCAAUUUAUGAAGCACGUAUGCAUUUUAUGCACGUCCAUACAUUGCUGCCGAAUUUGGCCAAAUAUAUGGCAAGGUUUUCCUUAAUUCUGUCCAAGACAAAGAAGCUUGAAGUUGACAUGAAUUGGAUUACGUUUGAGCAAAUUGAUGAUAUACACUGCCAUGAUCAAGAUAGGAAUGAUGUUCUUGAUAAGAAUGGAAAACCUUGUCUACAUUCAGAUGGAACUGGCUACAUCUCUGAGGACCUCGCUCGGAUGUGUCCAACAGAUCUUUUUAAAGGAAAACGCAUCAGAAGUGACAAUAUGCAGGCAUCAAAUGUUAAAGAGCCGCCUCUGCUGAUCCAGUUUCGGAUGUUUCACUAUGGCUAUGCUGUUAAGGGGACUUUCCUCUUAAACAAAAAACUUCCUCCUCGGACCGUCCAGGUUCGACCUUCGAUGAUCAAAGUGUCUGAAGAUCCAGCCUUGUCUGAGUUUAGCACCUUUAACUCCUUGGAGGUUGUCACUACAAGUAACCCACCAAGAAGAACAAAGCUAUCGAGGAACUUGGUCGCGCUUCUGAGCUGUGGAGGAGUUCCUAAUGACUUCUUUUUGGAUAUAUUGCACAACACGUUGGAAGAGUCGAAAACAGUAUUCAAAAGCGAACAUGCUGCGGUGAGAGCUGCUCGUAAUUAUGGGGAGAUGGACGAGUAUAACGCUUUACAAAUGAUCAUGUCGUGUAUCCCACUUGACGAGCCACACUUGAAGGAUCAACUGUCUACUUUUCUAAAGACAGAAAGGAAUGAUCUCAAAGCAGGAAAGCUUGUUGUUACCGAGUCAUACUAUCUCAUGGGCACAGUUGAUCCCACGGGAAAGCUCAAGCAAAACGAAGUCUGCGUCAUCCUUGAGACCGGCCAAAUGUCAGGGGAUGUGCUAGUUUACAGGAAUCCUGGACUGCAUUUUGGAGACAUACAUGUACUUAAGGCUACAUAUGUUAAGGCCUUGGAAGAGUAUGUAGGAAACUCCAAGUAUGGUGUGUUCUUCCCUCAUAUAGGUCCAAGAUCUUUGGGAGAUGAGAUUGCAGGUGGUGACUUUGAUGGUGAUUUGUAUUUCAUAUCCAGAAAUCCUAAGCUACUCGAACACUUCAAGCCAAGUGAACCAUGGGUGAGUUCUUCUCCUCCUAGUAAAAUUGACACUGGGAGAACGCCAAGUGAACUUUCACCAGAAAUGUUGGAAGAACGCCUUUUCAGAAUGUUUUUGAAGGCAAGAUUUGAUUCCAGCAAUGUUAUAGGGUCCGCUGCUGAGAGCUGGCUAACAAUAAUGGACCGUUUCCUCACGUUAGGAGAUGAGAGAGCUAAGGAAAAAGCUGGGAUGAAGAAAAAAAUGCUCAAGGCUAUUGAUAUAUAUUAUGAUGCUCUUGAUGCAUCAAAAACUGGGGCUAACGUCUAUCUCCCAUUGGACUUAAAGUUCGAUACUUUUCCACAUUACAUGGAGCAUAAAAAAAAGACUUUCAACUCCACUUCUAUUCUUGGAUUAAUCUUUGACACCGUAGUAUCUCAGAAUGAAGAGGGACCCCCUCCAUGUGAAAUCAAGAAACUCCCAUGUUUUGAAGAUGAACUGAUCCCUGAGUUUCACAUGGAGACAUGUAGAGGCUUGUACGAGAACUAUAAAAAUGAAAUGGAACUGGCGAUGAAUACCGAGGAGAACAAUAAGAAGGAAUUAGCCAGUGAAGUCAUCCAGAGAUACAAGCAGGAGUUCUAUGGUGCUGCAGGGUUUGAAGACAGCAAUAAAAGCCUUGAAGAACUCUAUCCACAAGCAUUGGCACUUUACAACAUCGUUUACGAUUAUGCCAUCAUAAAGAACAGAGUUCGGUAUUGCGGGUUUGUCUGGAAGGUUGCAGGACCAGUCCUGUGCAAAUUAUACCUUAAGAAAACGAAAGAGAAGUCAGUCUUCGCUGCAGUUUCGAUGCUCAAAAAGCUCUAUGGUUGAACUCUUGUUUGUCAUGUUCCAUUUGGUAAAAAUAAGCCUUGUGUAGUCUUCAUGUGUCAUAAGAUGUGUGUUAAGCAAGUAUCUCACUAAGUAACCUAACUUAUAGGCUAAGCUAUUUGGUUUGUAGUGCCUUAUGAGUACAAGUCCGUGUCUUAUGAAAUAAAUGAAGAAUAUGUUAAAUAAGACUUGUAUUUUAUU